AUGGCUGGAAAAGAAGAAUACUACGACUAUACUCCUUCGAAGGGAGCGGCCGUAGUCAGCCUGGUGAUAUUUGGGGCUUUGUUCGCAUAUCACGCCUUCAGGCUUUUCAGGACGCGAACAUGGUUCUGUAUCCCCUUCGCCAUUGGUGCCAUAUUUGAAUUAAUCGGCUACGGAUGUCGCGCAUACGGUAAUUCCAAGCCAGACAGCAAACUGCCAUACAUCCUACAAGCGUUGCUCAUCCUCCUCGCACCUAUUCUGUUCGCCGCCUCCGUAUAUAUGUUCCUGAGCCGUAUAAUUAGAGCAACGGGCCAGCUCGCAAGCUCUAUCAUCCGUCCAACCCGGCUCACGAAGAUCUUUGUGGGUGGCGACGUACUCUGCUUCCUCAUCCAGGCGGUCGGUGCAGCUAUCUUGGCUGGUUCAGACUCAAAGAAGAGUUCUAAUCUGGGCAAGGCCGUCAUCCUCGUUGGAUUGUUUCUUCAGAUUGCUAUAUUCGGAUUCUUUAUUGUUGUGGGAAUCGUCUUCCAUAUUAGGGCUGCACGGGUCUCUGGCGGGAAGUUGGUCGCGGCCGACUUCAACUGGGAGGGAUAUCUCCAUCAGUUGUAUGUGGUUAGCGUUCUGAUUACCAUCCGGAACGUUUUCCGUGUUAUCGAAUACGCUAUGGGUGAAGACGGAUAUCUCCUGGCGAUCGAAUGGCCUAUCUAUGUGUUCGACGCAUUACUUAUGGCCAUCGUGCUAGCCAUUUGCUGCAAAUGGUAUGUGCGUGACAUUAUCACUGUACAUGUAGUUGCGCAGGAGGGUCAAGAAGACUUCGAGAUGGGGAACCAGGACCUUCUGGAGCCCAAACACCAGGCUAGAAGGCACUGA